UUUGCUUCUCACCCUCACGAUCACUCAAGCAUAGCCAACAGAACGCGUUCCAUGGCGGACCCACGACAGAGAGCGAUUAUCAAGGUCUUUCGCAAAUACAGCAAUUCUCUUGGACCAGACGCCUUGGACCUGCUAGAGCAGAUACUGGACGAGAACGAGAUAGGUGAGGAAGAAAUCGAGUCUUCUAUCGACACGAUAGCCAAGGAGUACAAUAAGCAGGAUGAUGCGGCAAUGAAAGUGUCUGUUGAGGUCCUGCGUCGAGUCUAUGAAUCUUUCCAGGAUCAAGAUCAGAGAUCCGAAGCGGAAGUCGAUACCAUUGAUCCAGAAGGCCACUUUUUUGUCGUUGAUGCAUUUGAGAUGCCUUUGUGGCACUGGUCCGUGGAAAGAGGAACCUUUGAGCGAGUGAAUACACCUCUGACAGUGUCAGCGUCGCCUGAAUCGCGCGUUUCGGCUGUGCGAGACCGCCUACAUAUCAUCAAGCAAUGUGUCCUUCGUAACGAACAUUUCGCGCCAUCAACAUUGCCUUCAGGAGACCGCGACCGGUUAGUCACGCUUAAAUCAACAAAGCAAUUGCUUGGACGAGCAGGGGAACGAUUUUUGAUACUGGGGAUGCUUACGCAUUCCAAGGAAGGGAAGUUGUGUAUAGAAGAUGCGGAUGGCUCAGUUGAACUGGACUUUUCGAAGCUGGACGAGCCUGGUGAAGGCCUUUUUACCGAAGGAUGCUUUGCUCUUGUCGAAGGCGAAUACACGGAGGACGCAACUUUGGAGAUCAUCGCCAUCGGUCAACCUCCUUGUGAGCCUCGCGAAACAGCUAGAUCAAUAUAUGGGCAUAUCGACUUUCUGGGAAAGGGUGUUACAUCCCUUCUUGAGGAUGGCCAAUUUGCCAUUCGUAUUAGGGAUGAGUUACCCGAUCUCCAUUUUUUCUUUCUGUCAGAUGUGUGGUUGGAUCAUCCACAGACCCUUCCUGGGUUGCAGAAGAUGUUCGAUAACUGCAUAGAGAACAGCUUCAUCCCGAAAGUUAUUGUUCUCUGCGGGAACUUUAGUAGUCGGUCUAUAUCCCAUGGCAAUAGCCGUGACAUACAGCGAUAUCAAGACAACUUUGAUGCAUUAGCUGAUCUGAUUGCUUCUUACCCUUCGAUGACGAGGACGACACAUUUUGUGUUUGUUCCAGGUCCUCGAGAUAUAACCGGGAAUUCUGUGUUGCCCAGACGACCUCUAGUUUCCUCGUUUGUUUCACGACUCAAAUCUAAGAUACCAAAAGUCCACUUCGCCACCAAUCCUUGUAGAAUCAAGUUCUUUAACCAGGAAAUUGUAAUCUUCAGAGAAGAUUGCAUGUCAAAAAUGUUAAGAAACGUCGUGGGUGUUAAACCAGAUGCGCGUAGUGAUGAUCUAAAACGAUUCCUGGUUCAAUCUAUCCUGGACCAAGGGCACCUUAGUCCACUCAUCAACAACAUACAGCCGACGCUAUCCGACUUUGAUCACUCUUUACGACUGUAUCCUCUUCCCACUGCGCUCAUUCUCGCGGACAAGUAUGACAAGUACAAGGUAACAUACACCGGAUGCCAUGUUUUCAACCCGGGUAGUUUUGUCGGCAACUCAUUCGUGUUUUCAACAUAUAAACCAGCCGAAAUGAACUCUGAAGAAUGUGUUCUGGAUUUGGAACAAGAAGAAGGAAUGAAUUAGCUUGGACUGUAAAUACUACUCAUUAUCACUGCACCUGCAUAGAAUAUCUUGUGUUAAUGACAAUCACGACGCAUG